CUUUCGUUCUGCGCGACCCCCUUAUCCUGUCCCACCAAGCCACCUUCCACCUCUCCGCUCACAACUUACAAAAGAGUGCUUUGUAGUGCCAUAGAAUUCACCAAGGACCAUGAAUCUAGCCACUACGUUUGAUGAACCUGCGCCGGUGUCGCCAGACCAUGAGCCGAUGAUGUUUGACGCGGAUGCUUUGACUGACGAGGCGUUCGCAUCGUUGGACUCUGAUUUUGGUGACGAGGAGUACGAUGCUGAUGAGCACGGGUCUGCAUUCAACCUGAGCGAAGCUGAGGCGGCAAUGCUCGGGAUAACCUUCUCGGCGCCCAAAGAUCCUGGCACUGUUGCUUCUGCCAUGGAUGCAAAGGAUAAGGCAGGAAAGAUGACACAGCACGCCGCUGACUUGAUUGCCGACUCACUGAAGGCACUGCCAAUGAAGGAACGAGAGCAGAUUGUGAAGGAGCUUUAUGGAAUCGCCGACACUUUUCCACCUCCCAAAUAUGGAAGCAACUCAGAAUCCACAAGUCAGUACACACCACAAGAUGAAGAUGAUCCCAUUUUCAUUGGGCACAAACUGAAAGAGAUGGAGGAGCAGCUGAAAAAAAUCAGAGCUGUUUCAGCGUGGAACCUCCGCAUUGCGGCCAUUGAACUAGCCGAGUCACAAAACCCUGAGUAUGUUCAAAAUGCCAAGUUUCGAUUGAAAUUCAUUCGAACGGAACGAUAUGAUGUCAGGCGAGCUGCUGCUCGCUUUAUUCGGUUUUUUGAUUUGAAGAUGGAACUUUUUGGUGCGGAAGCAUUGACGAGGCCCAUCACCCUAAAAGACUUGAAGCCAGGAGAUCGUGAGAUGCUGAAGAAAGGUUACAUUCAACGGCUGCCAGUUCGAGAUCGAGCAGGAAGAGCUAUUUAUGCCAGCCUCUACAAUGGACAAACUUACGAUACCCCUGAGAGCCUUGUUCGCAUAUACUUCUAUGUGGCCUGCACGGAUGAGGAAACUGACAAGCGUGGGACCAUCAGUGUCUUCUUCAAGCUGCAGGAUAUUCAGUACAAAAGCUGCAGCCGUGCCUUUGGUGGUUGCCUGUACACAGGUAGACUUGCCACAGACCUUCCCUUUAGGGCUGAUUUCGUCCACAAGUUCCUUGAGAAUGAAGAUUCCUCAGACCUUGGAACAAAAAUGAUGCAUAAGGUGGUAGACUAUGUCAUUGGGAUCAUGGUGCCAGAAAUAAAGGUCAGGACUAGAAUUCACCAUGGUACUUAUGAUGAUUGGGCCAAAGAAUUGAUGUCGUAUGGAAUUCCACACGAUUUGAUCCCUUUUACAUACAACUGCAAAAUCAAGACCAAGAAUCACCAGGAGUACCUAGCAAUGCGAUCCAAGGCGGAGGAAAUCAUAGCACAAGACCCUUCCACCAAUCCAGACACUUUGAUUGACCUUCCCACCCGAAGUGAUGUACUGCUAGGAAAGGGGAAACCGAUUCAGUUUUCAAGCGGCAAUCAACGACUCAUGACCAUCAUUGAUGGGUAUUUGGACCAGUACCACAACCAUUGCUCCAAGCAGGAGAAGACUGAAUUGACGUUUGAAAUUGUGCGCAUGCUCAAAGAUAGUGGGGUGAGGUUUCUUUCUAAGGAUAGUGGAAUUUGGCUUGAAGUGUCGGAUGAGUUGGCUCGAGGAAAGAUCAGCUACAUGUUCCGGCACCAACGGGGAAGGACCCCUACAACCAACGGUGCAACAGGGCUGGUACGUCCUGCACCUGCCGGUGAGGAGUUGAAGACAGGCAUUACAGACUCGAAUGAUACAAAGCGCAUCAAGGUGGGUGUAUAGAAGAACCAAUGCUGAGAUGCUGGUGAUAACAACAUGACAGAAACUUGGCUAGGGACAACUUGGGAAGUACUACCGGUAGGAGGGUCAGUUGCUUGUGAGAUGGCCCAAAGUUAUUAUAGGGGUACCGUAACAUGUUGUGCAUAGAUAUGGAGGUUUUGGCGCUUCCGUCAGCCAGUCACAUGGCCUGUUGGGACAUAGAUCGCACACUGUUAGUUUGCCAG